AUGGCCGUGAUAACUCCAAUGGUGCCCACGAGCACGGCGGCAAUGAUUCCAAACAGAGUACCCAUAAGCGUAGCAACACCGGCAGUCAUCACUUCGGCGGCAGCACUACGACGCCAGAUUGGUGGAACUGAUGUUCCAAUAUUAACCAACAUCUGCGGCUAUGCCGUCGCUGAGGAUGCCCAUCUCAAGUCCAUAUCGCCUCCGGAGGAUAUGGUGUGUGCCAUGUUUCCACCGAACCGGCUGUUUGGCUUCUGCUCGAAAAAGUCCUCCCUUAAAAACAGCCACGACAUCGUCGCCAACUGCGGAUGGAAUGCCUGGUGUAUCGAUGCUUAUAAUUGCAGUAAUGGCUGCGGUAUUGCCGAGGCACGUGCUCAGUUUGGCACAACCAGAUGCCAUGCCGCAUCUAAUCCGUAUUGCCAACUCACCCGUCUGACGAAUACUCAUACCGACGAGGCAGAUCCAUACUGGAGUGUCGGUUGCGGCGACGGUCAUUAUACGAUUCACAACUACAUGGUGGAUCAAAAGGCCGCUCUCGGAACCUCUGUACUCGCUACCAUCGCCGCCACCACCACCGCCACCACCACUACAUCAAGCGGUAAGCGGAAUUCGGUCUCGACUGUCGCUCCCUUAACCACCGGAGAUGACAACCUCACUGCUUCCCAUGUGCAGGCGCCCGUUCCAACAAUUUCAACAGCAAAGCCCGUGAUACCCACGUCUUCGCCACAACCACCAGAACCUCCAACACUCCAACAAACCCCCUCAACCAACACUCUCCUGCCAUCCCCUUCUCUUUCCGGUGUCAUUGCCCUCCCACCCACCUUGACUUCAACAUCCUCAACCCAAACCCUUCCCGAGACCCAAACCUCCGAUUUCCCCACUUAUAUUUCCUCCGCCAACACCCCCUCCGAAGAAGACCAAAAUCAUAAGAGACACAACCCUAAAUCCGCCAUCCUCGGCUCGGUCAUCGGCGCCCUGGCAGUUAUCUACCUCCUCCUCUUCACAUGGUGGUACCGCGGGCCUCGUCGGCGGAAGCGAGCGCGGGAGGCAAAGGAGGCGGCGGCGGCAGCGUUAAGAGAACGGGGAUUUUGGCGCCCAGGGGCACCUGAACAUGGACUGUAUGGAGCGAAUAGACCACCACAUGGGAUUCAAGAGCUUCAGGGGACUCAUGGACCUGGUGAAAUUCAUGAACUCGGGUUCGGAACAAUGACAAACCCACGUACGCCCACGCGUCAAAGAAUGCCCAACACUCCACAAACAAAGACCAAGAAUGGAAUUGGGGAUGCACAUGGAAGCGGAACCGGAGAGUUACCAGGUCUGAGCCCCCUCAGCCCCAUGGUUCUAAGUGCAGGGUGGGGAGGCUCGCAGGCGACAAGUGCAAGUGCCGCUUCCACCACAAACAUGUCGGGUGUCACCAGUACCAGUUCUACCAACUCUGGAUCCAGAUGCGGGAGCGGGUGCCGAGCGUGUGCCGAAUCUGGGAUUUUCGGCAUCGAAAAACCUGCCAAGGAGACGGUAACCGCGACUAUCAGGGAGGUGGCAGAGUUGGAUGGACGAAACGUGACCUUUGAAGUAAGAGAUCGAGUAAGAAGGGAACAGUUGGAGGGGAUUAACUUGGCUCUUGAGCCUGUUCGGUGGAAGGGUUCGGGGAGUGGCGGUGGUACAGGUACAGGUACAGGUACAGGUACGACCAAAGGUGGAGCUUUCGGUGCUGGUGGCGGUAGUAACGGUGCAGCUAGCACCCGUAUGGGUGCGCCUGUUGCGCGGACUACCUUGGUCCCUCCUCCUGAGGGGAAUCUGGUUUAG